AUGCAAGACAUUGAUUUUCAACCAAAUGAAAAAGAACAAAAAGAAGUAAAAGAAGAAGAAGAAUAUAAACCAAAGAAUAUACUUUUAACAGGUGGAGCUGGAUUCAUAGGAUCACAUUUAACAAUACAUUUAUGUAAAAAGUAUAUUCAAUCAAAUGCUAGGAUUAUAGUAUUAGAUAAAUUAGAUUAUUGUUCAAGUUUAAAGAAUCUAUCUGAAAUUGAACAUUACACCAACUAUCGAUUCUAUAAAGGAAGUAUAUUGGAAAAGAAAUUGGUUAAACAAAUCUUGACCGAUGAAUCAAUCGAUACAGUGAUUCAUCUGGCAGCCUAUUCUCAUGUAGAUGCAUCAUUUAAAGAUUCUCUAAAGUUUACAAAAAACAAUAUAAUGGGAACUCAUGUACUACUUGAUGAGUGUCGCAAGUAUGGUGGUAUUCAACGAUUUAUCAAUGUCAGUACCGACGAGGUCUAUGGUAGUCAACCAGAACAAACCGACAUUGACGAACAAUGCAACUAUCGACCAACCAACCCUUACUCUGCCAGUAAAGCUUCGGCUGAAUUACUAGUCCUAUCAUUUCAUCAAAGUUUUUCUUUUCCCAUCAUCAUUACUCGUUGUAAUAAUGUCUAUGGUCCAAAUCAAUUCCCAGAGAAAUUAAUUCCAAAAUUUAUAAAUCAAUUAUUAAAUCAAAAUCCUUGUACAAUUCAUGGUAAAGGAGAUAAUUUAAGAAGUUUUUUAUUUAUAGAUGAUGUAAUAAAGGCAUUUGAUAUUAUAUUACAUAGAGCAAAGAUUGGAGAAAAUUUAUAA